CUCUAGUUUCUAGACUUAUUCAAAGUUCAAUCUUUUUGGAUCCUUACUUUUCUAUGAAUCUGAUUCUUUCUUUUCCAAUGAUUACAGGGAUCAAACAGAUACAUAUGAUGCUUUCUUCUCAAUGAAUCUGAAUCAGUAACUUUCUCUUCAUUUCUCUUUAUCCUACCUCCUCUCCUCCUCGAGAAUCGAUCUCUGUCUAUAACUCCUUAUCUCUCUUCCUCUCUGUGCAUAUGUACAAAGCCAAAUCCACCGCAAAUCAACAAUACACAUCGCCACCAACACGAACUCGAAAACAACACAAAGCAUGGGCAUGAUCUUCACUUGUUUGCUUCAUAGGAAUCCUUUCCAGAACCCUCGUCCCGCCAUCUCUACAGAAUUCCCAAUCACCUAGUUUUGUUCUUCCUUUCAAAUCAAUCCCUAUAUAUAUAGUGGCCGCGGUAUACGUGUAUUUAAUUUAGCAGGUAAAUUAUUCAUCGAUCAGUAGUCGAGUUCCAGAAGCAAGAUUGAUCCAAUGAGCAACCCGAAUAAUUCGACGUCGCAACCCGAUCGGCGGAAUGACGAUGAUGGUGAUUUCAUGGCUGCUCACUUUCUACUCGCUGUGGCAAAUGAUCGAGAUGCACGAGAUGGUUCCGGGGAAGCGGUUCGACCGGUACCACGAAUUGGGCCAGUAUGCCUUCGGGGAGAAGCUAGGGUAUUGGAUCGUGGUCCCACAGCAGUUGAUUGUUCAGGUGGCUUCCAACUUGGUGCAAAUGGUCACCGGAGGGAAGUCGUUGAAGAAGGCCUUCGAGCUCGCCUUACCGUCGGCCGACCACCACAGGUUGACCUACUUCAUCCUCGUGUUUUGUUUCAUCCAGCUCGUCCUCUCCCAGACUCCCAACUUUCACUCGCUCAAGCUCGUCUCCUUCCUCGCCGCGCUCAUGUCGCUCAGGUUUAUGGGAUGCCGGUUUUCGACACGUUGGAGGGGUAUUUGGUGAAGAAUCGAAAGUUCGACCCCAGUCGAGCGCUUCGUUUGAUUGCACGUAGCGUCUACGUAGCUUUGACGGCGCUCGUUGCAAUGUGCAUCCCGUUUUUCGGCGGCCUGAUGGGAUUCUUUGGUGGGCUUGUGUUUGCUUCUACUUCAUAUUUUCUUCCUUGCAUCAUGUGGCUACGUGUACAUCACCCACCGGUUGGGAGCUGGCACUGGUUCGCAUCCUGGGUUACGAUCGUCGUCGGGGUUACGAUAGCGAUUCUUGCACCGAUUGGAGGAAUGCGAAAUAUAAUCGAAUCUGCUAAAACAUACAAGUUCUUUUCGUAGGGCUGUUUACUUUUUUUUAUACAUUUGUAGGAGGGAAGAUUUUCGAUGGUUUCUUUUCCAGAUUUAUUUAUCAUGUGAAGGAAUAAAUAGUUUUUUUUUAAUUUUAAUGUGAAUUUUCCUCGAUCGAUGUUUAUACGUACAUAUUAAUAGCACUACAUUAAAUCGCGCGAGUUCCUCAUAGGGUUCUUGGCUACCAUUGAUCAGCAUGAGAACGCGGCCAUGUGUGAAUGUGAACAAGUGGUAAUAUAGAAGAAGAAGGCAGUGAAAGCACUGCACGUAAUUGGGAAUUUGUAGACCAUGGAAUGUUAUGAAAAUGUGUGAUGUUGCUGACUUUUUGGUUCAUACUAAUCCCACAUGCAUCUAUAUAUUAAUAUAUAUAUAUUGGUGCAUUCAAGUUCAAGAUGAUGACCAGUUGCCACCACGUUACGAUUGUCUUAUUUAGCGACCUUCCGCUGGCCAAUUAGGCCAACCAUGCAUGCAACUAGCCAACUAUAUAUUGUUCAACGGACGACUUAUUCGGCUUCUUUUUCUUUCACGUGCCAAACCAUUUGUCUAACACGAUCAACCCUAUCACACGGACUAAUAUCACAACCUAGCUAGUCACUAGAGACACUCUUGGAAAAUUAUCCAACGUAGCCGAACUAAAAAGUCUAAUAUUUU